UUUAAGGAACCAGCACAUGAUCCAGCAUUUCCUAUUCUGGGUGUCUGCAUGUUACUAUCCCUAUUGUCCAUUGUGUAUGGAGCCUUGCGCUGCAACAUCCUAGCCAUCAAGAUCAAGUAUGAUGAGUAUGAUGUAAAAGUGAAGCCUCUGGCCUAUGUCUGCAUCUUUCUCUGGAGGAGCUUUGAGAUUGCCACUCGAGUCAUUGUCCUGGUCCUCUUUACCUCUGUCCUAAAGGCCUGGGUGGUACUGGUAAUACUCAUCAACUUCUUCAGCUUCUUCUUAUACCCCUGGAUCCUCUUCUGGUGCAGUGGUUCCCCAUUUCCUGAGAACAUCGAGAAGGCCCUCAGUCGAGUGGGCACCACCAUCGUGCUGUGCUUCCUCACCUUACUUUAUGCCGGUAUCAACAUGUUUUGCUGGUCAGCUGUGCAGCUGAAAAUCAACAGCCCCGACCUUAUCAGCAAGUCUCAGAACUGGUAUCGGCUACUGGUGUACUACAUGCUGAGAUUCAUUGAGAACGCCUUCCUCCUCCUUAUGUGGUAUCUUUACAAGACUGACAUCUAUAUGAUGAGAAACUUGAGUGUUCUAGGAUUCUGUCUUGUGAGACUAACAGUUCAGAGAAGUAUGCAGCUGCAUCUCUUUGUCGCAGAUUAUCAGGAAAUUUCCUACCUAGAGUCUACUGCAGCAUACACUUUCAUGUGA